CCUGUGUGCGGCUCGCCGGCUUCGGGGCAGUCUAACCCUGACAUUGUCAACCGAGAUGUUCGUGCACCCAGGAACCCCGGGGUAACUGCAGCGAAGGGGGCCCCGUGGCUAGAGACCCUAAUGGAUAUCUGGAAAUGACAGAGAUGGAAGAGGCUGAGGCCCAGCUAUCAGAGCUGGACCUGCUGGUCAGCAUGUUCCCAGGCGAGAACGAGCUCGUUGUGAACGACCAGUUGGCUCUAGCAGAACUGAAGGACUGCAUUGAAAAGAGGACAACGGAGGGGCGAUCCUCAAAAGUUUAUUUUACUCUCAAUAUGAACCUGGACAUAUCCAAGGAAGCAACGGUGGUGUUUUCGCUGGCCUGUAUUCUUCCCUUUAAAUACCCUACAGUACUGCCUGAAAUCACCGUCAGAUCCGUCGUCCUGAGCAGAUCCCAGCAGACUCAGCUGAACUCAGACCUGACUUCCUACCUGCAAACAAACUGCCUGGGGGACGUGUGUAUACUGAAUGCCACGGAGUGGGUUCGAGAGCAUGGCUCUGGCUAUGUCAGCAGAGACAUAGCACCUGACCCUGUCUCCGGAAGUACAGUGCCGCCAGGAGACCUCAUUCUCACGAGACUGUGGAUCUAUAGCCAUCACAUCUACAACAAAUAUAAAAGAAAGAAUAUUCUAGAGUGGGCAAAAGAGCUGUCCCUCUCUGGGUUUAGCAUGCCCGGGAAGCCUGGUGUCGUCUGUGUGGAGGGCCCGCAAAGUGCCUGUGAAGAAUUCUGGUCAAGGCUCAGAAAAUUAAACUGGAAGAGAAUUUUAGUUCGUCAUCGAGAAGAUAUUCCUUUGGAUGGUGCAAAUGCUGAAAUGGAAAGACAAAGAAAAUUUUCAACGUUUGAAGAAAAAGUGUUCAGUGUUAAUGGAGCCAGAGGGAACCACAUGGAUUUCGGUCAGCUCUACCAAUUUUUAAAUGCCAACAGGUGUGGAGAGGUUUUCCAGAUGCUCUUUGGUGUGGAAGGACAAUGACCAAGCAGAAGACCCAUUGAAAAUUUUGAACCUUUUGAUUCCAAGCUCCCACCCCCCCACCCCCAACAUCUUUCUUCAAAGAUUAAGUGAUGUUUAUUUUUGUCCAUUUCAGAAAUGUGUGGGGAAGUGGGAGGGGAGAUGAAGUGAUACAGCCAAAAUGUAUGCGCUGCACUUGAAGAGCCUUAUUUCAGUAUGCCGGCACUAAAAGGAGAACAGAGUUGUAGAUCAUAACUUUAUAGGUUGUUGGUGAAAAUGGUCCUCAAGUUUGCAAUAAAAAUGAUAGU